AUGAUGCGCAAAGACAGCCUAACGCUGGUGGGCGUGUGCCUCGUGUCGGUAAUGCUUGUGCUGUCGGCCGCGGCUGCCCCUGAUGGCAGCGGCAAGGUCGAACCACCGUGCAUCGGCGUUGACCUCGGUACGACGUACUCGGUUGCCGGUGUGUGGCAGAAAGGUGAGGUGCACGUUGUAACAAACGAGAUGGGUAACCGCAUCACCCCGUCUGUGGUUGCCUUCACCGACACGGAGCGUUUGGUCGGCGACGGUGCAAAGAAUCAGCUACCGCAGAAUCCAGAGAACACCAUCUACGCUAUCAAGCGCCUCAUCGGUCGCAAGUACAGCGACCCCACUGUACAGAAUGACAAGAAGCUGCUCUCGUAUCAGAUUGUGGCGGACAAGGUUGGCAAGCCGCUUGUGCAGGUCACGGUCAAGGGCCAGCAGAAGCGAUUCACCCCGGAGGAAGUGAGUGCGAUGGUACUGCAAAAGAUGAAGGAGAUCUCCGAGACAUUCCUCGGCGAGAAGGUGAAGAACGCUGUGGUGACCGUGCCAGCGUACUUCAAUGAUGCGCAGCGCCAGGCAACAAAGGACUCUGGCAAGAUCGCCGGCCUUAACGUGGUCCGCAUCAUCAACGAGCCGACGGCGGCUGCCAUCGCGUACGGCCUCAACAAGGCUGGGGAGAAGAAUAUCCUUGUCUUCGACCUCGGUGGUGGCACGUUUGAUGUGUCUUUGCUGACGAUCGACGAGGGUUUCUUCGAGGUCGUCGCGACAAACGGUGACACCCACCUUGGUGGUGAAGACUUCGAUAACAACAUGAUGAAAUUUUUUGUGGAUGGUCUCAAGCGUAAGCAAAACGUCGAUAUCUCGGGCGACCAGAAGGCUCUGGCCCGUCUUCGCAAAGCGUGCGAAGCUGCGAAGCGUCAGCUGUCAUCUCACCCUGAGGCACGCGUAGAGGUGGACAGCCUUGUCGAGGGUCAUGACUUCAGUGAGAAGAUCACGCGCGCCAAGUUUGAGGAGCUCAACAUGGCGCUCUUCAAGAACACACUUCUGCCUGUGCAGAAAGUGCUGGAGGAUGCAAAGCUGAAGAAGAGCGACAUCGAUGAGAUCGUCCUCGUUGGCGGCUCGACCCGCAUUCCGAAGGUGCAGCAGCUCAUUAAGGACUUCUUCGGUGGCAAGGAGCCGAACAAGGGCAUCAACCCCGACGAGGCCGUUGCGUACGGCGCUGCGGUGCAGGCAGCCGUGCUGACGGGCGAGAGCGAGGUAGGCGGAAAGGUCGUGCUGGUCGAUGUGAUUCCUCUUUCUCUCGGCAUUGAGACUGUUGGUGGAGUCAUGACGAAGCUCAUUGAGCGCAACACGCAGAUCCCAACAAAGAAGAGCCAGGUCUUUUCCACCUAUCAGGACAACCAGCCUGGCGUGCUGAUUCAGGUCUUCGAGGGCGAGCGGCAGAUGACGAAGGACAACCGCUUGCUCGGCAAGUUCGAACUCUCCGGCAUCCCACCGGCGCCGCGCGGCGUUCCGCAGAUUGAGGUCGCCUUCGACGUGGACGAGAACAGCAUCCUGCAAGUGACCGCUAGCGACAAGUCGUCUGGGAAGCGGGAGGAGAUCACCAUCACAAACGACAAGGGCCGCCUCAGCGAGGAGGAGAUUGAGCGCAUGGUGCGCGAGGCCGAGGAGUUUGAGGAUGAAGACCGCAAGGUGCGCGAGCGCGUGGAGGCAAAGAACUCGCUAGAGAGCAUCGCUUACUCCCUUCGCAACCAGAUCAACGAUAAGGACAAGCUUGGCGAGAAGCUCGAUGCGGACGACAAGAAGGCAGUUGAGGAGGCUGUGAAGGAUGCGCUUGCCUUCGUCGAUGAGAAUCCGAAUGCUGACCGUGAGGACUUCGAAGGUGCGCGCGAGAAGCUGCAGUCUGUGACGAAUCCCAUCAUUCAAAAGGUAUACCAGGCUGGCGGUGCCCCCGGUUCCGAACCGACGGAUGCGAUGGACGACCUGUAG